CCACUCUUUGGCAGUAGUUUGCUUGGGUUUCUCACGUCACGGGCGCCAUUUUGAUGGUCCGCCUUGCUGGGGAACGUUCGCUUGUUGUUAUAGUCUGCUCCUCCAGCAGCUUCGCGGUCGUUCUCAUCGAUUUCCUUCCCGACGUGAUUCAACUGGACAGACGUUUUGCGUCCGUUUUACGCCAUUUCGUUUCUGUGUUUUACGCCCGAGUGUGAUGUUUUAAGAGUGAACUAGAUUGUGACUACUGUGUGUGACGUGUGUUUGCACGUGCGGAAUCGUUUGUGCAACCCAAAGAAAUAAGACGGAAAUAUUUGCUCGUCUUUCUGUUUUACCGGAAUGGCAACUGGGCGGAUAUCUCUUAUUUUCUGACUUCACGGGUCGCCGGUGCCGGCGUAAUGGAAACCGGCCGUGUGACGACGCACGAAUUUAAUUCGCACGGAUCUUGAUGCACAUCUAGUUUUUCGUUCAUCUACAAGAUAUCCAACAAAAAACUCUUUUGCAUUUUAUUUUGCACACAUUGCACCACCAAAUCUUAAUUAAAAAAAAAAAAAAAAACAUGGGCAACGCCCAUUCUGCUCUUCCGCACGAUCCGCUCGAAUCGGCCGUAACCCAUCCAAUCGCUCCGAUGGCCAACGAAAUCGACAAGGCUGAGAAGAGCGAGACCAAGGAGAGCGGACGCCAUAAGAGGAUGGAGCGAUUGCGGAGAAGCUUCCGCGAAAGUUUCCGUCGCCGCAAAGACCACGUCCCCGAGAGUUCGAAACCGCACCAAUGGCAGUCGGACGAGGCUGCCGUUCGAGCUGGAACUUGCAAUUUUUACGUCAAGUAUCUGGGAUGCGUGGAAGUGUACGAGUCACGUGGUAUGCCUGUUUGCGAGGAAGCACUCAAAGUGCUCAGGAAUUCUAGACGUCGACCAGUAAAAGGCGUUUUGCACAUUUCCGGCGAUGGAUUACGAGUUGUCGAAGAAGACACCAAAGGAUUGAUUGUCGACCAGACGAUUGAGAAAGUCUCCUUUUGUGCUCCGGAUCGUAAUCACGAAAAAGGAUUCUCGUACAUCUGUCGUGAUGGUACUACGCGUCGUUGGAUGUGCCACGGCUUCUUGGCCAGCAAAGACUCGGGAGAGCGGUUGAGUCAUGCAGUGGGUUGCGCUUUUGCCGUUUGCUUGGAACGGAAACAAAAACGAGAUAAGGAGUGCAGCGUGACGAUGAAUUUCGACACCUCCAACUCUACAUUCACGCGCUCGGGCAGUUUUAGAGCAGCGCCCUUGACGGAACGCAUUCAAGAUCCGCAGGAAUACAGACCGGCCGAACCACCGGCGCCGGCCAAGGCAGUGGUCAAUCCGUUCGCCAUUGAACGUCCCCACGCUGCUCCGCACCUGCUCGAGCGACAAGGCUCAUUUCGUGGGCUCUCCCAGCUCAAUCAGAGUUCACCUUUCAAACGUCAGAUGUCGCUUCGAAUCGGAGAUUUACCCUCGACCGUCGAACGCCAGCAAAACUCGUUGAGCAAUGAAGCACCCAGCUACAAGUCCAACCUGAUCGUCACGCCUGAAAGUCCUCAGCCUCCUCCUCGAGUCAGUCGUCACCGUAUGCAGCCAUCUCCUAGCCAAGACUCAUCUAUGACUCCGAUUCCGGAAACUUCGCCUAUGGUAGAACGUUCCAACGCAGUUAGCGCCAUGUGUCAGCAGCUAUCCCAAGGAUUGUCGCUCUUAUCUUCUACUGAUGAUCCCUUCCUGGUGGACAACAAAGUCAACAUGGUCCCACCCACUAACGGAUUCCAGGUGAACAAUAAGGAAGCGUCGGUGAACAAUCCAAUGUCACGAGGGGAACAGUGGCUGGGCAGUUUAACGGCCAGCGUGGCGUCCCAAGGACCGAGCUCGCUGCCGCCACGCCGCCCGCCUGCCUUGAUGGCACAUUCACGAUCCCAAUCACUAGGAUCGCCCCCAGAAGCUCCUUCCAUUGCUCCGGCCAGUCAUCCUGUGGCCACUCCGCCACCACACUUGCCGGCGAUACCACCGCGCAGUCCUUUCCACACGGCUCUUCAUUCCUCUUCUUCUUCGCCCACCAGUACGCCGGCACAUCAUUCCCCGUCAAUCACCAAUCGAACAAACGCACUAAUAUCGGAUCCGUUCGACGCCGAAUGGGCCGCUUUAGCCACGCGCAGUCCCAGCAACACAAAUCCUUUUCUUCAGAAUUCUGUCGUCAAGACCUUUGAAGUUCGUAUGUAGAGACGAUGGCACACUUCUUUUCAGUAAUUCUUCCCUCCCCCGUUACCCUGAGACAACUAACCCAUCAGUGGUUUUCCUUUUUUUUUUAAAUGCCAGACUGAUUUUGAUGUAUUAUAUAUACCUCUCCCAUACCAACCCUAAAAAUUCCUUCUUUCUUUCUUUAAUUUUUCUUUCAAGAAAACACAGACAUUCCUAUACUUCGUGUGCCGGAACGCUCUUAAUUUUGCCAUCAUCAUUUUUUGUGCUUUGUUUUUCCUCUUAGAUAUCACUUGAUUUGAUCCCUGCCAAUUCAACGUUUGCCACUGGUGCAACGAUGGCGGGAUAUUAACCUUUACAACAGUUCUAAAAAUUUGCGAUGCCCAUUCCCUAUAUUUCGCUUAGCUGUCAAAGCUGGCUAGAUCUCGCGCGUGGGUAUUGAAACAUGAACUAAUUCCAUCCUUUUAUUUUAAAUUUCAAAUCGACUUGGUCAUGUAGUGAUGCUGUCGGCUGAAAUUAGUAGAUAGGGCGAGGAGAGACGGGAACGAACGAUUAUUUUGGUUAACUUUUGUUUUUAGUUUUGUCGUCCAUUUCGCACCAGACUGUUGCCCUCCUAAACAACGGACAAUUAACGAUUUGAUUUCGAUCCGCAGGCUUUUUUUCAUGGAAGCGCGGACUUUUGCACAAUUUUGUACAUCUCUUUAUCUUUAAACUAAACGAAAAACAAACCAACAAAAAACAGACAAAAGAGGAAGAAAUUAUUAUAAUAAGCUCUGUCGUGUGUGUGUUUCUAUGUAUAUAAUAAUAAUGUCAAGGACUACCCCGAUCGUAUUCGGGCAAGAGUUGAUUUGAACGAAAUUUAAGACUUGCAACGUGGUGCCGUAUAGCAUAAAAUAAGUGAUAGAUGAUGAUGAUACACACGCUCAGUGAUUGUUUCGUCAAAGAAAAUGAGUAUGGGCUUUGUGUGGAGGGUGGGGGACAUCGGACACUAUUCUAAAUUAUACGCACCGAUUUGCUUCUUGCAGACCAUUUUCUCGCCGCUGUUUAUUUGUUGAUGAUCAUUAAUAACUGUGUGCCCUACUUUCCCAUCUGCUGUGGCCGUGUUUUGUAAGAAUUUCGGAGCCGGAUGCCUUUACCGAUGUCUAUUUCUACACCAUUCAGGCACACGUUCAACAAACUAAUGAAGGCAUAACAUUUCCGAUUUUGUCGCUUUUCACUCCCAUCUUUCCCUUUUCCUUCCUUUUAUUUCAUCCUUCUUAUUUUUUUUUCCAAGAAAUGUUUCAAAGUGUGUUUAUAUAUAUAACCUUAAUCACACUUUACAAAAAUCUACAAAAUUCUUAAUCAACCCUAAAAUUUGAUGGACUUUCUUCAAUGUUGUAACGACAAUACAAUCUUCUCGUUCUCA